AAGUUGAGUACAAUCAGUGCCCACUCUCCUCCACCGCCCACUCUUCUUCACUCUCUCACUCUCUCACUUUCUCUCUCUAACUCCUCAUUCCUCCAUUUUAUAAUAGCUAAAUUCUUCCCCCUUUUUAUAAUUUUUAUUUUAAUAAUUUCAUCAUGAAUAAUGAUCCCUACUCAAAUUUCUACAUCAAAUGGUCUAAAUUCAACUCUCUUCACCAUUCAUCUUCUUCUUCUCCAUACAUUUUCUGCAACAACAACAAUAAUAAUUAUUAUUCAAAUUCCAACAAUAAAAUUCCAUCCCCACCUCUUUCUCCCCCAUUAAGAGAAGCCCUUCCUUUAUUAAGCUUGUACCCUUCGAAUAUGGAUAUCGUGGAUGAGAAUAUUAAUAGCCGGAAUUCGGCUAAACCCGGUAGAAGAUCUAAAAGUAGUAGCUUAGAGGAGGAGGAAGAAGAAGAAGACGAGGAGACGGUCACAGUGGCUUUGCAUAUAGGGUUACCAAACCCUAGUGCAGCUGAUCUCGCUUCGAUUCUCUCUCCUCCUUCCACUAUAAAUAAUAAUAAUAAUAAUAGUAUACUUAGGGAUGGAGAUGGAGAUAGUAAGAAUAAUAAUGAAAAUGAUGAGGAAACUGAAGAUUUUGGGCAUCCGUUGAUGAACAGGCUUAAUAAAGGGCAAUAUUGGAUCCCUACUCCUACCCAGAUUUUAAUUGGUCCUACUCAGUUUUCUUGUCCUGUUUGUUACAAAACCUUCAACCGCUACAACAACAUGCAGAUGCAUAUGUGGGGGCAUGGAUCUCAAUACAGGAAAGGACCAGAGUCAUUGAGAGGCACUCAACCAACAGGAAUGCUAAGGCUACCAUGUUAUUGUUGUGCACCAGGUUGCAAGAACAACAUUGAUCAUCCAAGAGCGAAGCCCCUCAAAGAUUUCCGAACUUUACAAACCCAUUACAAAAGAAAGCAUGGAAUUAAGCCUUUCAUGUGUAGGAAAUGUAGCAAGGCAUUCGCAGUUAGAGGUGACUGGAGAACUCAUGAGAAGAAUUGUGGUAAGCUUUGGUAUUGUAUUUGUGGGUCUGAUUUUAAGCAUAAGAGAUCUCUCAAAGACCAUAUUAAGGCCUUUGGUCAUGGCCAUGCCUCGUAUGGUGUUAAUGGCUUCGAGGAAGAAGAUGAAGCUGCAUCUGAAGUCGAACAUGAUAACGAAGAUAAUCAACCAGUCAAGGAACAAUCACCGGCCACUAGCUUAAAUUAGCACGUUAGCUAGCUAGCUACCUCGGUGGUAUUUGCUUCUUCCUUUCACCUACUCUUUCAUAUAUGUGUAUAUUUUAUUAAGUUAAGUUAGCUAAAAUUCUAAGCUAUAUAAAUAUAUAACACUCCUUUGAUUUAAUUAGAUUCAUAGUCAUGUAUAUUCAUUUUGGGUUUAUGUUUAGUCUCAUGAUGAAAAGAUAAAACACUUUCUAGCAAUAUGAGCUUUUGAAUAAGUAUUGUUUUUGCUUU